AUGUGGAGCAAUUCACUUUCCGACCCCGCCUUGGCCUUGCGUCUCCUUGGCUACGAUGUGGUUGACCAGGGCAUUCGACACUGGGCUGUCCGGAAUCUCGCCAACCUGGCUCCUGAUGUAUUACUGCUUUAUCUUCAACAACUCGUUGAGUGGUCUGGAGUUGAACUGUUGUCUUGUGUUAUUUUCUUAAACACUAAAUUUGAAAAUCUGGAUGCAUAUUGUAGUUUCAUUGAAAUAGUCAUCCUCUACUAUCUUCCUCUCGUGGUGCAGGGUGGAAGCAGACACAACUUCGCUCAAGUGUCCACCAGGAUCGACUCUUUCACCUCUUGCUUCUAUCCGUAA